AUGUGGAAGCCGAUCUGGGACUUCCCGGUGGAGCAGGACCUCGACGAGUUCGAGGUUGGGCCGCUCACGACACUCGGCAAGCGCGAGCUGACGCUGCAGAGCGACCCGCCUGACUUCGCAAAGAUACCCGACCCGACGGGGCCAACAGCGCUGAUCAUCUCCUUCAGCUAUAAGGGGAGGGAGUUUCUCCACCUCGGCUACAACGCCGUUGUGACGUGCGAAGGGGACAUACCAGAUGUCUUCACAGAUGCGGCGCAGCUGCGGCGCCACCUCAUGCAGUGCUUUCCGAAGCAGCUGACAAUCCCAUGGGAUGACGAUGGUGAUGAUAAGAACAGUUUUGGCAUCGGUGAUGGUGCCCAUGAGGAGGAUAAUGGUAACGCUAAACAUGAUGGUGAUGAUGAUGAUGGCAACGCUGUGGAGGGGCACACCUCUGAUAGUGGCGAUGAAGUCCCUCCCCUCAAGAAAGCCAAGUGUGACUGA